GAAAACUCUUCGCUCAUCGCUCAUCAAGCAUGUGAACCGCCAGAAAUCGCCUGGACGAAAAACGGUCUCGUUCUCAUCGAGAGACAGCGACAAGAAAAUCUCGAACGCCUUGACGCCGACCUUUCACAUAUUCGAUGGACUCCCACCAACAAAAAACCUCAUAAAGCUCGGAUAGCCAUCGAAAACAUUCGUGAGAUCCGGAUCGGGAAGAACACUGAGCAAUUGCGGCAUAGUGAAGCAAACUUAGGCGAACUUCAGGAAGAAUGCCUUAUUCUCCGUGAUCUACGGCGACGACUAUGA